AUGGCGACUUUUCCGGUGAUCAACAUGGCGAAACUCGACGGCGAAGGAAGGCCUGCAACAAUGGCGCAAAUCGAAGAUGCCUGUCAAAACUGGGGUUUCUUUGAGGUGGUGAAUCAUGGGAUUUCGGCAGAGUUUAUGGACAGAGUUGAGAGGCUAACAAAAGAGCACUACAAAAAAUGUAUGGAGCAGAGGUUUAAGGAAAUGGUGGCGGCUAAAGGACUUGAGGCCGUACAGUCCGAAAUCAAUGAUUUGGACUGGGAAAGUACUUUCUUCCUUCGCCAUCUCCCUUCUUCUAACAUCUCUGAAAUCCCUGAUCUUCAUCCUGAAUACAGGGAGGUGAUGAAGGAAUUCGCGGCCCAUCUCGAGAAACUCGCGGAGCAUCUUCUGGAUCUGCUCUGCGAGAAUCUCGGGCUCGAAAUGGGCUACUUGAAGAAGGUAUUCUACGGGUCGAAAGGCCCGACUUUUGGCACCAAGGUAAGCAACUACCCGCCGUGCCCGAAGCCCGAUCUCAUCAAGGGCCUCCGUGCCCACACGGAUGCCGGUGGCAUAAUCCUCCUCUUUCAGGACGACAAGGUGAGCGGACUCCAGCUACUCAAAGACGGGCAAUGGGUCGACGUUCCUCCCAUGCGACACUCGAUCGUCGUCAACAUUGGCGACCAACUUGAGGUGAUAACAAAUGGAAAGUACAAGAGCGUAAUGCACAGGGUGAUUGCUCAGACGGAUGGUACCGGGAGGAUGUCGCUUGCCUCGUUCUACAACCCGGGAAGCGAUGCCGUGAUAUAUCCGGCACCGGCAUUGGUGGAGAAGGCAGAGAAUAACGAGCUAUACCCGAAAUUCGUGUUCGAAGACUACAUGAAGCUCUACGCGGGCCUCAAGUUCCAGGCCAAGGAGCCCAGAUUCGAGGCCUUUAAGAACAUGGAUAAGGCGGCUAAUCUGGGACCAAUUGCAACUGCUUAG